UGAAGAACGAAUGAAUUUGUACACGUGUUGUUACUGUCAAUUUGAAUUAUUUUCUAAGUUUUCUUAAACAUGAGAAAUUGAAUUUAAUAUAAAGUUAAGCUUCUUAAAUUUCAACAUGAAAAAUAAGUCAAUUCGACAUAAAGAAUUAAAUACAUUUCAGUUUAAAACAUUUAACGAAAGAGUUAGUGAGAUUGACGUCGAUGUCUUUCAUCGUGUUGCACAUCGAAAUGAAGAGAACGAGGAAGAGAUUGAAACAUAUUUCCAUCAAACACUUCAGAAAUGGAAUUUUCUUAACCUCACCGAAGGUUAUUGCAGCUUUAAGAGGAAAGUUCGCGAUAUCGUAACGCUCCCACAAUUGGUAAAUCAAAAGCAAUUCGUGGUAGACACGUUGAUAGAGUAUUUAGAGAAAAAGGAUGUUUUGUUUCUGCAACCAAUUUUAGAGCUAGUCGUAGCUGUGUCUAAAGAUUUACAGAAAGACUUCUAUGAGUAUUUUCCUAAAUUUCUAACAGUUAUUAUCGACUUACUACAAACAAAGGAUACAGAACAAUUAGAAUACACAUUUAUGUCGUUAGCUUAUUUAUUUAAAUUUUUAUGGAGAUACUUGGUUAAAAAUGUGAAAACUGUGUUUGAUCUAUUAUUACCAUUGUUAGCGGACACGCAGCCAGCAUAUGUAAACAGCUUUGCUGCUGAAAGUUUUGCAUUCGUGGUACGCAAGAUCAAGGACAAAGAUUCUUUCUUAAAGACAGUGUUGCAUAUAUUGAAAAGUAAUCCAGAUGGAAUACCAGGAUGUGGUAAAUUACUAUUCGAAGUAAUAUCUGGUGUACCAGGUCAAUUUCAUUCGUGUGCAGAGCAAGUGCUUUUAUUGUACCUCAAUGCGUUGAACAACGAAUCGUUAAAUCAAAGUUUAAUGUUUCAAUUAUUGGAAGAAAUUAUUAAUUGUAUACUGCAAAAUAUACAUCCGCAAAAAUGUCAGAUACUUUGGUCUGUACUUUUAAAUGCCAUGGACAAAUCUAUUGAGAAAACUAAGCAGUUUCAACUAAAAAUUGGGAGAAAGAAAAGUUUAAUUCUUUUAAUGCAAUUGUUGAAUACAAUUGUCAGUCACAGAAAUGGAAAAAUGGUUGCUGAUCCUAUACCUUUGAUUAAAAAGUUGGUAGAAGUUUUAGAUAUGUUUGAAGAUGAGAAUGAUGUGUUAGAAAAAGUUAUAAAUGUAUCAAUUGCUAUUCUUUUAGCAGCUAAUGUUAGUUUAAUGCAAGAAACAUCUAGUCAAAUAUUAUUUAAAAUUAUGUCAGUAAAAGAUAUUGAAUUGUUAUAUGGUGCUGUUGAAAGUUUAAUUCAUUAUUCGUCAUUUGAAACUUUGAUAUUGCCACAUAUAAUACGACAUAGCAUUUCCAUUGGUUUCAAUGAUAAUAUUUUACAAUUAUUUAUUAAAAUAAUUAAAGCAAAAGUUCCCUUAUGCCUUAAUGGUAUCAAUUUAAACAAAUGGACGAAAUACAUCUUAAAUAUACGAGGUAUAACGUCUGAUAGUAUUAAUUAUCUCCAAAAGCAGUUAGAAAGUUUAUUGGAUAAUGAUAUAUCGACAAAUGCAUUAAAAACGUUAAUUAUUUUACCACAUCUGAAGCCUAUACCGGAAGAAUUUAAGGAUAUUUUAAAAAGAGGAAUAUUGUCUUUGUAUAAACAGAUAUUAAAUAAUACCAACACAGAAAUUGAAAUAAUCAAAUUAUGUUUGACAUUUCUAAUAGCUUUGGAAUCUGCAAUUCACGUAUUGGAAUUAGAAACUCUGCACGAAUUUAUGGAGAAGAAUGAUUUAAAAAUAUUAAAUUUAAUUACUAAAUAUCCUGAUAAUAAAUUCAUUCUGAAUGCAACAGAUCUAUGUAUAACAUAUUUUAGUACAUCUCAAUACAGAGAAGUGUACAUAAAUCGAACUGUAUUUGAUAAAUUAAGUAGCAAUAUUGCACAAAAAUUAAGUUCACCAUUCAGUGAAAUACGUUUAAUAGUAACUCAUUUAUUUCAUUUAUUCUCCAAUAUCACUGAAGUGAAAUCGCAUACUAUGAAUGAGAAGAAGCAAACAAAUGCUAUGGAACAUAUGUAUUUGGCAGAAUGUGAACCUAUAACUGUACAGAGUUAUCGAAGUAGACUGUUGCAUUUACAAGCAUUGUCAUAUGAGAGUGAUGCAAUGAUAAAUUUAGAUUCGAAAUAUUAUGAACUUCCAUUACGAUAUUUACUGGGAAAUCUAUAUAUAAAUUUCUCUUUGCUAUGGGACCCUGUAAGUAAGAUUAUAGUUACUUUUGCACUCAGAGAAUACGAGCAAUUUUGGCCUAUAUUCUUAACCGAAUUAAAAUCUAAUCGUGAAGUAACUAUAGACUAUAAACCAUUGUUUGAAUGUAAAUUUAUUUCUGAAAUAGAAAAUGCAAUACAAAUAUGUAGUGAUAAACCAGACUAUGAAAAUCAUAAAAUUCUAUUGUGGAAAUGUAUGACAAAUUUCUCACAUUUUUGUGAGAUGAAGAACAGAGAUGUAACAUGUUUAUUUAUUGACUUUGUAAAUGAUAACUUUUUUAAGACCAAUUCUGAAGAUGCGAAAUGUUGCAACAUUUUAAAAGCACAAGAGCCAACUUCUUCUAAUAACAACAUGGAAAUUGAUAUAGAAAACGAAAGUGAUAACGAAUCUGAAGAAAGCGAAAAAGAAGAGGAAAAAAAUACAGAAGCUACUAUUCUUACAGAUACAAAAAUAAAACAAAUAGACACAGAGUCUAAAGAGAUGAGUAAAAGUGUUAUGAAUAAGAUUUAUAAAGUGAAACUUUUACUUGCCCAACUUGAGGUAUUUGAAAAGAUGACAAAUCCAAGAACAUUAUACAGGGAAUCAGAGAUGCAAAAAAUUUAUUUGGACUUGCUGUCAUCAAAAGUUCCUGACAUUCAAAAGGGCGCUUUAAAUUGUCUUCUAACAUAUAAAUAUAAAUAUUUACUACCUUACAAGGAUAAUUUGCUUAGUAUAAUUAAUGAAAGAAAUCUGAAAAAUGAAAUGAUACGUUUUAAGGUCGAUAAAGAAAGUAAUACUAUUGCAGAAGAACAUCGCGCUGAAUUUAUACCUAUACUGAUGCGAAUAAUUUACGCUAAAAUGAUUGCAAAAACAGGAAUGAGAACUGGCGGUAAAGCUGGAGGUACUUUAAAACGUAAAAUAAUCUUACGUUUUCUAGCUGGGAUUGAAGAGAAUGAAAUGAUUAUAUUUACUCACAUGGCGUUUAAGCCUUUCAAGAAAUACAUGCUCGAAUUGGAUAAAAUGAACGACCAACAAAUUAAUUUAAAACAACUUACACAAAAUAUUAUUAAUACUGUAGAUUUGAGUAACGUUAUUCCACCUAAACGUUUGCAGAGCGCGACGAAUUUACUUGCAAUUUUAAUUGAGCAAUUUGGCAGCAAGAUGGGAAAGAAAUUGUUACCUUAUUUACUUAGUUUGGUAAUAUGCAUUCUAGCAGAAAUAACUGGAAUUUUACAGAAAUCGGACAAAGUCUAUACUGGUUAUUUACGGUCUAUCAAAAACGUAAGGUCAAGUUGCAUCUUAAUAUUAGCAAGAUUUUUCGGUCACUAUGAAAAUUAUGAGUGGGAUGAAUAUGAAAUGGAUAGCUUGUUUAAUGUAGCUGUAUUCCCAUGGCUGGAACAAUUACCCGUGGACGGUAUUCACAGUCCCACUCCAUUACUAAAGCUAUUUAUGGCAUGGAGCCAGAAUUCACGUUAUUAUCCCUUAUUUAUAAAAUAUUGCGAAGAUAAUAGAUUUCUUACUCCACUUCCAUAUAUAAUGAAACUUCUAUUGGGCCCAAAAACUGAAUCAUGCGUUAUUAACGCUAUUGUAGAGAUGAUUGAGAAAAUGGUAACGCUGCAGGAUUAUAGACAGGUAAAUGACAGUGGCAUGGAGGUUGAUACACCUUUCGUUCCCUUAACACCUAUACUUAAUAAUUUACUUGAGAUAAAUGAUGAAGCAUUAUCUAACGGUGUUAAUUAUGGGUCUACCAUCCUUCUUCCUCAUGUGUUUAGUAUUUUACAGUAUAUUAAAAGUAAACUUGAAAAGUCAAACAGGGGAAUAAGUAAGAUAGAACUUGUGAUUUUAUCACGUAUAUCAGAAUUUGUAAAAGAUGCAGAUGCAUGCGACAUGCUUCUUACUCUUAUUUUACCGAUAUUAGCUAAAAAAGCUACAGCCGAAGAAGAAGAAACGAUUAUUGAAUUAAUUACUACUGUGAUAAAUCUUGUGAAACAAGUGAAGAAACCAACAAUACAUAUACGUACAAUUCUACCUUUGUUAGGUACAGUGUCUACAAUUCCUGCUCGUAAACUUUUGUUGGAACUUUAUAAAACCAUUGUGGAAAAGUCUAAUGAUGAUUGUCGUGAGAUACUGAUGAAAAAUUAUGAAUUAAUAAGUGCGCUUAAUGCGUGGGAUCGUAGAUGGCUUGAUCAGCCAGAUUUUCAGAGAAGAUUUGAUGCGUUUUCUGAAAUUAAUAAUGCAACAGAAAAGAAUGAGAUUACAUUAGAGUUUGGGAUAGGCAUCAUUCAUAAUUGUUAUUACAUUCUUAAAAAUGAAGCAGAUUUAUCACUGAGAGAUAAUGCAGGACAAUGCCUUAAGUUUCUGGGUUCUAAACUGGCACAGGAACAUAAAGGAAAUACCGCAGAUAGACGUUAUCUAAUGGAUCAGACAAUUUUACCACUUAUAAAGAAAGGGAUAACUAGCAAAGUUGAAGUUGUGAGGCUUCAAUCAAUAUCCUUUUUGGGACAUUUAGCUAUGGAAUGUUCAGACACCCAUCCUGUUUUACGAGAUUUAUCGGUAUUAACUAAUAAAGCCGAUCGUGAAGUAGAUUUCUUCGAAAACAUGCAGCAUUUGCAACUACACAGAAGAGGUCGAGCAUUUCUUAAAUUUUGUAAUAUAGCAAAAACACUGAAAAAGCCAUUCAAUCCAAGAACAUUAACACAGUUUAUCCUUCCUUUCGCUUCUUCAUAUUUGUGCAAUGAAACUUUUAUGCGCAAGAACAGUCUUAUUGAUGCUGCAAUAGAAACAGUUGGAACUGUAUGUAGACUUUUACCAUGGCAUCAAUAUGAAAUUAUUCUGAAACAUUACUUGGAAAAGCUAAGACAUUCCAUUGAAUUUCAAAAACAGCUUGUUAGAAUCAUUGUUAGCAUUUUAGAUUCCUUUCACUUUGAUUUGUCAAAAUAUAAACCUACAGAGGAAUUUUCAGUAUCAAAAGAGAUCAAAGAAAUUUCUGAAAAGAAAAUGAUUUCCGGUACCAAAGAAGAUGUAAAUGUUGACAAAGAAAGUGACGAAAAAAGUGGUGAUAAGACUAAUGAAAUAGAAGUAGAAGAAAAACUAGACGAAGCUUUGAAUUCUGAAAAUAUAGAUACCGUGGAAGAAACUGUAGAAAAAAUACAAAAUGAAACUCAGGAAGAAGUACUUGUGAUGAAAAAACAGAUCAUUCUUUCACAGAACGGAGCACGACGAGUUGUAUUUAGUAUAUCCAAGGAAUUGUUGCCACAACUUCAUCGUUCUAUUAUAGCGAGAACAAGUCACGAAAGUAGUCACAAGAUUAAUAAAAAAAGAGUUGCAGUGGAUAAUGAGGAAGAAGAGUUAAUGCGAGUUCCCAUCGCUCUUGCUUUUGUUAAAUUAUUACAAAAAUUACCUGAACAUAUUUUACAUAUUAAUUUACCAGGAAUCUUUAUGAAGUUAUGUACAUUCUUGAAAUCUCGCUUGGAAUCUGUACGACGCGUCACUCGAGCAAUAUUACAAAAAAUUAUGAUAACUUUGGGUCCGAAGUAUCUUUAUCAUCUUCUAAAAGAAAUGAAUACUUUAUUAACAAAAGGUUUUCAAGUUCAUGUCCUUGCAUUUACGGUACAAUCAGUGUUAGUUGUUCUGAAACCAUAUUUUCAGAAAUUUGAUAUCAAUGAAAAUCUUCAAAGUAUUUUGUCUGUAUGUAAAGUGGAUUUAUUUGGAUUAACAGCAGAAGAGAAAGAAGUAAUACAAAUAGUAAAACAUGUAUCAGAAGCGAAAUCUACAAAAAGUUUUGAUAUAUUUCAUAUAUUAGCACAAUAUAUUACUGAAUCAUGUUUAGUAGAUUUAAUUUUGCCAUUGAAAGAAGUGCUUAUGAGAAGUCAUUCGCAUAAAACUAUACAAAAAGUUGUGGAAUGUUUUAGGAAUAUAAUAUUAGGUUUAGCUGAUAAUACAUUUAUACCAUUAGAACAAAUGUUAAUAUUCCUUUAUGGUGUAGUUUCUCAAAGUAUUCCUGAGCUUAAGCCCGAGAAGAAUGCUAAAGAAUUAACAGAGAAGGAAGCAAAAAUACUCACUAAACAGAAACCAGAUUGCUUUAUCAUACCUCCAGAACCAAAAAACAAAAUGGGUAUAAAAGCUACUUCAAAAACAUCAAAAAAUACCAAUGUUCACGUUAUUAUAGAAUUUGGUUUGAAACUUUUCCAUAUUCUAUUAAAAAGAAACAAAAUAUCUAAUGCAGACUUUAAGCCCCUGAUAGAUCCGUUUGUAUCAUUUAUAAGUGAGUGCAUAAAAUCUCAACACGUUAAGCUAAGUACCUUGGCUUUACAGUGCUUAAAUUGGUUGCUCAAAAUGGAUUUAACUUCAAUACAAGAAACAAUCUCUGACAUUUGUUCAUCUAUUUUUAAUAUCUUGCAUAAAUAUGCUGCGGCCGGCCUAAGUAAAGGUGAUAAUUUCGAUUUGGUGAUGGCUGGUUUUAAGUGUAUGUCCGUAAUUGUUCGUGAUGUGAAACAUUACGUAAUUAGUACUGAUCAGUUGAAGGCCUUAAUCAUGUAUGCUGAACAAGAUAUGCACAAUUCUGAGAAACAGGCAACAGCGUUUGGUUUGCUCAAAGCGAUAAUCGCUCGAAAAAUGAUUCUUCCUGAAAUGCAUGUUGUUAUGGAAAAAGUUGCUGCUUUAAGCAUUACCUCGGAACUAGAACAUGUUAGAGUACAAUCCCGCUCUGUUUUUUAUACUUAUUUGAUGGAAUAUCCACUUGGCAAAUGUCUGCAAAAACACAUAGCAUUUUACUUAACACAAAUUAGCUAUGAAGUGCAACCAGGUCGUCUUAGUGCUUUAGAGAUGAUUUAUAGUAUUGUUACGGGGUUUCCACUAAAAACAUUGAUCUUCAAGUCAGGUAUUAUCUUUAUAAUGGUGGGUGCAAGAUUAGUAAAUGACGAUGAUCCAACAUGUCGUAAGUUGUGCGCUAAAUGUAUUAAAGAAAUGAUUACACGUAUACCUUACAAUGAAAGAAGUAAACUUUUUGAUAUAGUUGUAACGUGGUUGAAAGAUCCUAAGGUAAUGCAUCGAACAUUGGCUGCACAAUUAUGCGGUAUAUUUGUAAUAGUAGAAAAAGACACUUUCGAGUCUCGUUUAAAAGAAAUAUUACCCCUCCUUUUGAAACAAUUUCAUGCAGACUUCAAUGAUAACGAUGAGCCUGGUCGUUUUGUGAAAUUACACACUGAAAAAGAAAUUCAAUUAAAAACGGAGCGUAAUAUCAAGGAUCCAGAGAAAAUGAAAGAUCAUCAUAUGUUUCAAGUGCUACAAUUGUUACUGAAGAUAUCUGCAAAUUGUACGGCAUUCCUUAAAAGUGAAGAAUAUAAAGAUGCUGUUCAUUCAUUUGCUGAGUAUACUCAAUCUUUGUUAGCACAUCCUCAUAUGUGGGUGCGUUUAGCAGCGUCUCAACAAAUUGGAUUUAUCCUAGCUGUUCUCGAUAUCGACAAAAUUGCAGACCUUUUAGAAAAUCCUGAAAAGUGUGAAGCAGAAACGAGUUACAUGUAUUCUGAUCCAACUGCCAUUAUAAAAAGUUUAAGUUUAGAUUUAAUUGCACAACUGCAACCUGAUAUGAUGUUAGAAGAAUUAGCUAAUCAGACUGUUAAAAAUUUAAUUUUCAUCGCGAGAAUUUUGAAAUCUGUGAAACAGAUUAAUACAACUGCGACAGAUCGAGUCGACGAAACGGAAGAUAAAGAUAAAAAAAAGUUAUCUCUUCUUUGGCUUGUUAGGAGAUUGAGAAAGUCUGUAAAUAUAGAAAUAGUUCAAGCUCCUAAGUCAAUAACAGUGCGAUCUGCUUUCUUUAAAUGGGUUGCUGGUAUACUGGCUACAAUACCUAUGGAAUAUUUAAAUGUAAUACUUGUUAAUAUCAUGUCACCAAUUGUUCGUGAAAUAUCUGCUACAGAAGAAAAGAUUACCACUUUACGACGGUUGGCUAAGGAAGCGGCUGCGAUGAUUAAAAAACGUUUAGGUAACGAAGAAUACACGAGAUUAUUCAGUCGAAUACAACAGAACUUGGAUAUUAAAAAAGCAGAAAGAAAAAAAAUACGUACGCAGCAGUUUGUAACGGAUCCAGAAUUAGCUGCCAGACGUAAAAUUAUGAGGCAGCAGAGAAAAAAAGAAGCUAAAAAAAGAAAAUUAGACACAGUAAGAGGAAAGAAAAGACCAAACAAACGUAUUAAGAAAGAAGUCGAUUUCGAUAUUAUGUAAAUUAUACAAAAAUAAAACAAAACUUUGAUAAGAAUGA